AUGGGGAACCAGUGUUGCUGCAUUCAAGAUGACUCGAAGAAUCCUUCCAAAAAGCGUGUGAAAAGGGAGCCCUACUCUACUACCAAGGUGACUUCAGGGAGCACAUUCAAUGAGAAUACAAGAAGAUAUGCUGUGCACACCAACCAGUGUCAGAGACCUCAUGGCUCCCCGGUAAAGAAGAAGAUGUACCCACAAGAAGAUGACUUCCAUCAUACAAUCUUCAGCAACCUUGAAAGAUUGGACAAGCUUCAGCCAACUCUUGAAGCCUCUGAGGAGUCUCUAGUUCACAAGGACAGAGGAGAUGGAGAGAGGCCAGUCAAUGCGAGGGUGGUGCAGGUGGCCCCCCUGAGGCGUGAAUCUACUCCUCAUGGGGACGCCGUCCACGACACCGCCAACGAGGACACCUUCCACAACACCGCCGACGAGGACGCCGUCCACAGCACCACCGAUAAGGAUGCCGUCCAGGGCACCGCCAAUGACACCGUCCACGGCAUCACCGACGGGGUCGCCGUCCACGGCAUCGCUUACGAGGAAGCCACCCAGGGCAUCGCCAACUGGGAUGCUGUCCAGGACAUCGCUAACGAAGAUGGAUUCCACAGCAUCGAUAACGAGGACGCCGUCCAGGGCAUCGCCAACUGGGACGCCGUCCAUGGCUUUGCCGACGAGGCCGCCUUCCACGGCAUCACCGACGGGGAAGCCUUCCACGGCAUCGCCGACGGGGAAGCCUUCCACGGCAUCGCCGACGGGGACGCCGUCCAGGGCAUCGCCGACGGGGUCGCCGCCCAGCACAUCGCCAACGGGGACGCCGCCCAGGGCAUCGCCGACUGGUACGCCGCCCAGGGCAUCGCUGACUGGGACGCCGCCCACGUCUUCGCUGACGGGGACGCCGCCCAGGGCAUCACCAACAGGGACGCCACCAAGGGCAUGGGCAACGAGGUUGCCGUCCACGGCAUCGCUAACGAGGACGCCGUCCACGACAUCGCUAAUGAGGACGCUCUCCACGGCAUCGCUAACGAGGACGCCGUCCACGGUGUCACUAACGAGAAAAUCAAAUGUUAA